AUGAUGGAGAGGCCUGCGAAGCGACUGAAGAUUACGAACCCAGACGUACGAAAUCCGCGGGAUACAGGCUCAAGAAUGACAGAAGGACUGUUUACCUCAGAACUAGGCAUGCAGGGAGAUGAUACCGACAACACAGUUCAGCCCACUCGGACGAUCAGCUUGUCGGAUUUUCAACGACAGAACGUGUUCGGCAGCUAUCAGCAUGCCCCGCGACCUGUUCUACCUCGCAGAAAUGCUGGAAUCUACUUAUUCCCUAGGGCUCCUGAUGCCACUGUUACAGCCAGCGUCGUGGAAGUCAAUGUGAAUGACGGCACAAGUACCUCCAAAAUUACAGAAGUGACAGUGGCCACGACUGGUACUGUUGUUUCCUUGUCAGAAGUCGGCUCGCUGACUACCGAGGUCUCUCUAACUAUCCCUGGAGUCUCGAACAGCACCAGCGUCAAUGGAAGCUCUACAGAUUCAUCUCAAAAAACGAUCACAACUCCUCCCAUAACAUCAGCGGAUACGUCGACAAUAACCUCAUCAACAAGCAUUUUGAGCCCCGGGCAGUCUAUCACUUCCCAGAGUACAAAUGGCACCAUAACUUCUUCUGGCACGACAGGUACCGCAGAACGGACCGUCACAGUCACCGCCACCUCAACCUUCGAGCUGUCAGUGGUUAAUGGCACGGUUAUCGCAACAGAUACAGGCUUCGAUGCAAGCCCCACAAGCACGACCGAAGUGGGAACUACGGGAUCCAGCAGUAGCAGCACUUCGAACACCUUUGUCUUCGGUGACCUCAACUCAACACCUACACCAUCGUCCGACAGCUCUACUUCGUCUGAUCCCUCCGCCUCUGGCACUUCCUCCGACUAUUUCACCAAUGGCCCGGGCGGUGGCGCUGCUGGCUCUCCUACGGCUACAACCGACUCAGCAGCUACCUCGGGUUCCGGAUCAGGGUCAGGUAGUGGCGGGGGUGGAAGUCCUGGUCUAACACCAACUCAGCAGCAAGUGGUGGGAGGUGUUGUUGGAGGUGUGGCUGGCGUUGCGCUUACGCUAGUCAUCAUACUCUUUAUCCUCCGCUGGUAUCGGCGUCGACUAAAAGCACGAGGUCAACUUCCUGAACAAAUUGCCGCUCGCGACUUAGCGGCUGGUAAUGGUGACGGAGGGGGGGAGGCAUAUCCCAUGUCUCAGAGAUCUUCAACAACGCCUCUCGCAGUUGCUAUGGCUCACGGCCUGAAGCGUCUUCGACCUCGCAGCAGUCAAACUCUCGGGACUACCGCCACUGGGACUACAGAAAGCAGCGCACCAGAAUCGGAGCGGGGCUUUCAACGUAUUGCUGGCCGCAAGAUCGCUCCCGUCCUGAGCAGUGGUGGUGACCCCUACGGAGGAAACUUUGGUGCUUUUGAGAAGGACGCUGGUGUGGGACCCUCAGACAUGCCGCAGAUUCCGGAAAGAGGCCUUUCGGAGGCUUCGUUCUAUCAGGACAAUCGUGGCUUCUAUGGGGGAAAGGGGACGCCAACACCUCCACAGUUACCUUCUUCGCCAACGACUGCCAACACGCCUGCAAAGACAGGAGACUUAUCGACACCUGUUGGGACCGCCUCAAGCGCGAGGGACUUUGCAGAGCCGCCGCAUGCGCCAUCGGUACUCAAUAGCAGCCAAAUUUCCCUGCAUACGCCUAGCCGGCCCGAAGGGUAUGCAAUCAUGCGGCCGAGUCCCGCUCGAACUCCGGUCACGCUCAGUCCGGCAGCCAGCUCUAUCCGGUUACCUAUCCAGCAGCCACCGACCAUGGAUGAAGAAGCUCCCCCAUUGCCGCCGAUGCUGCGAGAUGGCGUCGGCCGCAGCCUCGCUAGUCAGGAUGGAAGCCGUGUCAGCAAAAGCAGUGGACGCAGUGCUGGACGUUUCACGGAAAAUAUGUGA